GGGAUCGUCUCCUUUAUUCUCGCGAUCGUCCGAGAAAUGCAUUGCGCGCGUAGUAUCGCGAUUCUGUUCCGGUGAUGUGAUUGCGGUGUUUUUUUUUUUUUUAACGUUUUACAGUUUAAAAUUCAAAAAACAACAGCCAAGAAUCGAAUUUUUGCAUUUCGAGUGUCCGGAUACAUAAUAACACAAGUGAAUUCCAGAGACGCCCAAAAUGCUGUGGAAGUUUUUGGCCGUGUGCUUUCUGGCAGCCCUAAUUAAGGCUGACGGAUCGCUGCUGGACGGUGGCGUGAACCCCAUACAAGAUGAAUCCAGCGCGGACUCUGGCAAAGACGAAUCUGGCGUGAUAAUAAUGAACUCCGCCAUGGCCGACCGGUUCGUGCGCCAGAGCGAUUACGGGCACGAAAACGGCGUCGAACACAGGGUGCAGCUCAAGGGCAUCCGCGUGGACUGCGGUGGCGCUUCGACAAACGGCGUCAUAGCCGUGGAAAUCGAAUUCCUGGAACCGUUUUACGGCGUGAUCUACAGCAAAGGUCGACACGACGACCCCAAAUGCAGAUUUGUGCAGAGCAAUUCAGGAAAGAACACAUAUCAGUUCCAGAUACCAAUAGAAGAUUGUCGCCCCCCUGUAGAUGAUGGGUGUUCAACUAGUGAAGACGGUGGCAGUUGUGAUUUAGGCUCCAUUGAAAAUACAAUUAUCAUCCAGACAGAUAGUACAAUUCAGGAAGAAUGGGAUUUAGCACGGAAAGUGUCAUGUCCUUCAGAGACAAAACCAGGUACAGGUAAACGAGUGCGUUUCAAGCCUAUCGUAGUUGAUAUGUUAGAAGUGGUUUCUGUUCCUUCCGGGAAUGAAGGCACACUACAAUGCUGGAUGGAUAUACAAAGAGGACAAUACCCAAAUACAUCACCAGUUGACAAGAUAAUAAAAAUUGGUGAAUCACUUUCAUUAAUUGUUUAUGUAAAAAGUACUGAUGAAGCAUACGAUGUGAGAGUAAGAGAAUGUUGGGCGUAUGAUAAUGAUAAUUAUGAAUCUUCAACUACUACAAGUAUACAGUUGACCGAUUCAUCGGGAUGUCCAAAGAGAAAAAAAUUAAUAUCACAAUGGAGAAAAACUCAAUCUGUUGACCAAAGUGGUAUCACAACAAUUGGAUAUACAAAUGUCACAGCAUUCAAAUUCCCAGACAAACACCAAGUGUACCUAACUUGCAACGUUGAAUUAUGCUUGGGAAAUUGCCCCGAAGAAAGAUGUCAGGCAGCUUUACCAAACUAUCCAACAUCUCCACUUCUUCCACAAACAUCUCCAUCACCAUUCUGCUAUCCAGGAUCAAAUGACCCAAGAUGCCCCAAACCGUCACCACCUCAAACUUACUACCCUUCACCAUCAACACCGGCACCACCAGUAUGCUACCCAGGGUCCACUGAUUCCAGAUGUCCAAAACCAUCACCUCCUCCCACUUACUACCCUUCACCAUCGACACCGGCACCACCAGUAUGCUAUCCAGGUUCCAACGACCCAAGAUGUCCAAAACCAACAUUGCCACCAACCACUCCAGCACCAGUUUGCUACCCAGGGUCCACUGAUUCAAGAUGUCCAAAACCAUCACCUCCUCCAACUUACUACCCUUCACCAUCGACACCGGCACCACCAGUAUGCUACCCAGGUUCCAACGACCCUAGAUGUCCAAAACCAACAUUGCCACCAACCACUCCAGCACCAGUUUGCUACCCAGGGUCCACUGAUUCAAGAUGUCCAAAACCAUCACCUCCUCCAACUUACUACCCUUCACCAUCAACACCGGCACCACCAGUAUGCUACCCAGGUUCCAACGACCCAAGAUGUCCAAAACCAACAUUGCCACCAACCACUCCAGCACCAGUUUGCUACCCAGGGUCUACUGAUUCAAGAUGUCCAAAACCAUCACCUCCUCCAACUUACUACCCUUCACCAUCGACACCGGCACCGCCAGUAUGCUAUCCAGGUUCCAACGAUCCAAGAUGUCCAAAACCAACAAUGCCACCAACCACUCCAGCACCAGUUUGCUACCCAGGGUCCACUGAUUCAAGAUGUCCAAAACCAUCACCUCCCCCAACUUACUACCCCUCACCAUCGACACGUGCACCACCAGUAUGCUAUCCAGGUUCCAACGACCCAAGAUGUCCAAAACCAACAUUGCCACCAACCACUCCAGCACCAGUUUGCUACCCAGGGUCCACUGAUCCAAGAUGUCCAAAACCAUCACCCCCUCCAACUUACUACCCUUCACCAUCUACACCGGCACCACCAGUAUGCUACCCAGGGUCCACUGAUUCAAGAUGUCCAAAACCGUCACCUCCUCCAACUUACUACCCUUCACCAUCUACACCGGCACCACCAGUAUGCUAUCCAGGUUCCAACGACCCAAGAUGUCCAAAACCAACAUUGCCACCAACCACUCCAGCACCAGUUUGCUACCCAGGGUCCACUGAUUCAAGAUGUCCAAAACCAUCACUUCCUCCAACUUACUACCCUUCACCAUCUACACCAGCACCGCCAGUAUGCUAUCCAGGUUCCAACGAUCCAAGAUGUCCAAAACCAACAUUGCCACCGACCACUCCAGCACCAGUUUGCUACCCAGGGUCUACUGAUUCAAGAUGUCCAAAACCAUCACCUCCUCCAACUUACUACCCUUCACCAUCGACACACGAGCACCACCAGUAUGCUAUCCAGGUUCCAACGACCCAAGAUGUCCAAAACCAACAUUGCCACCAACCACUCCAGCACCAAUUUGCUACCCAGGGUCCACUGAUUCAAGAUGUCCAAAACCAUCACCUCCUCCUACUUACUACCCUUCACCAUCUACACCGGCACCACCAGUAUGCUAUCCAGGUUCCAACGAUCCAAGAUGUCCAAAACCAACAUUGCCACCAACCACUCCAGCACCAGUUUGCUACCCAGGGUCCACUGAUUCUAGAUGUCCAAAACCAUCACCUCCCCCAACUUACUACCCCUCACCAUCGACACCGGCACCACCAGUAUGCUAUCCAGGUUCCAACGACCCAAGAUGUCCAAAACCAACAUUGCCACCAACCACUCCAGCACCAGUUUGCUACCCAGGGUCCACUGAUCCAAGAUGUCCAAAACCAUCACCCCCUCCAACUUACUACCCUUCACCAUCUACACCGGCACCACCAGUAUGCUACCCAGGGUCCACUGAUUCAAGAUGUCCAAAACCGUCACCUCCUCCAACUUACUACCCUUCACCAUCUACACCGGCACCACCAGUAUGCUAUCCAGGUUCCAACGACCCAAGAUGUCCAAAACCAACAUUGCCACCAACCACUCCAGCACCAGUUUGCUACCCAGGGUCCACUGAUUCAAGAUGUCCAAAACCAUCACCUCCUCCAACUUACUACCCUUCACCAUCUACACCAGCACCGCCAGUAUGCUAUCCAGGUUCCAACGAUCCAAGAUGUCCAAAACCAACAUUGCCACCGACCACUCCAGCACCAGUUUGCUACCCAGGGUCUACUGAUUCAAGAUGUCCAAAACCAUCACCUCCUCCAACUUACUACCCUUCACCAUCGACACCGGCACCACCAGUAUGCUAUCCAGGUUCCAACGACCCAAGAUGUCCAAAACCAACAUUGCCACCAACCACUCCAGCACCAGUUUGCUACCCAGGGUCUACUGAUUCAAGAUGUCCAAAACCGUCACCUCCUCCAACUUACUACCCUUCACCAUCAACACCUGCACCACCAGUAUGCUACCCAGGAUCCACUGAUUCAAGAUGUCCAAAACCGUCACCUCCUCCAACUUACUACCCUUCACCAUCAACACCGGCACCACCAGUAUGCUUCCCAGGGUCCACUGAUUCAAGGUGUCCAAAACCAUCACCUCCUCCAACUUACUACCCUUCACCAUCUACACCGGCACCACCAGUAUGCUAUCCAGGUUCCAACGAUCCAAGAUGUCCAAAACCAUACACCUCCUACUACUUCCUACCCUUCACCAUCUACACCGGCACCACCAAUAUGCUAUCCAGGUUCCAACGACCCAAGAUGUCCAAAACCAACAUUGCCACCAACCACUCCAGCACCAGUUUGCUACCCAGGGUCCACUGAUUCAAGAUGUCCAAAACCAUCACCUCCUCCAACUUACUACCCUUCACCAUCGACACCGGCACCACCAGUAUGCUACCCAGGUUCCAACGACCCAAGAUGUCCAAAACCAACAUUGCCACCAACCACUCCUGCACCAGUUUGCUACCCAGGGUCCACUGAUUCAAGAUGUCCAAAACCAUCACCUCCUCCAACUUACUACCCUUCACCAUCGACACCGGCACCACCAGUAUGCUACCCAGGUUCCAACGACCCAAGAUGUCCAAAACCAACAUCGCCACCAACCACUCCAGCACCAGUUUGCUACCCAGGGUCCACUGAUUCAAGAUGUCCAAAACCAUCACCUCCUCCAACUUACUACCCUUCACCAUCGACACCGGCACCACCAGUAUGCUACCCAGGUUCCAACGACCCAAGAUGUCCAAAACCAACAUUGCCACCAACCACUCCAGCACCAGUUUGCUACCCAGGGUCCACUGAUUCAAGAUGUCCAAAACCAUCACCUCCUCCAACUUACUACCCUUCACCAUCGACACCGGCACCACCAGUAUGCUACCCAGGUUCCAACGACCCGAGAUGUCCAAAACCAACAUUGCCACCAACCACUCCUGCACCAGUUUGCUACCCAGGGUCCACUGAUUCAAGAUGUCCAAAACCAUCACCUCCUCCAACUUACUACCCUUCACCAUCGACACCGGCACCACCAGUAUGCUACCCAGGUUCCAACGACCCGAGAUGUCCAAAACCAACAUUGCCACCAACCACUCCAGCACCAGUUUGCUACCCAGGGUCCACUGAUUCAAGAUGUCCAAAACCAUCACCUCCUCCAACUUACUACCCUUCACCAUCGACACCGGCACCACCAGUAUGCUACCCAGGUUCCAACGACCCAAGGUGUCCAAAACCAACAUUGCCACCAACCACUCCUGCACCAGUUUGCUACCCAGGGUCCACUGAUUCAAGAUGUCCAAAACCAUCACCUCCUCCAACUUACUACCCUUCACCAUCAACACCGGCACCACCAGUAUGCUACCCAGGGUCCACUGAUUCAAGAUGUCCAAAACCAUCACCUCCACCCACUUACUACCCUUCACCAUCGACACCAGCACCACCAGUAUGCUAUCCAGGUUCCAACGACCCAAGAUGUCCAAAACCAACAUUGCCACCAACCACUCCAGCACCAAUUUGCUACCCAGGGUCCACUGAUUCAAGAUGUCCAAAACCAUCACCUCCUCCUACUUACUACCCUUCACCAUCUACACCGGCACCACCAGUAUGCUAUCCAGGUUCCAACGAUCCUAGAUGUCCAAAACCAACAUUGCCACCAACCACUCCUGCACCAGUUUGCUACCCAGGGUCCACCGAUUCAAGAUGUCCAAAACCAUCACCUCCUCCAACUUACUACCCUUCACCAUCGACACCGGCACCACCAGUAUGCUACCCAGGUUCCAACGACCCGAGAUGUCCAAAACCAACAUUGCCACCAACCACUCCAGCACCAGUGUGCUACCCAGGGUCCACUGAUUCAAGAUGUCCAAAACCAUCACCUCCUCCAACUUACUACCCUUCACCAUCAACACCGGCACCACCAGUAUGCUACCCAGGGUCCACUGAUUCAAGAUGUCCAAAACCAUCACCUCCACCCACUUACUACCCUUCAUCAUCGACACCAGCACCGCCAGUAUGCUAUCCAGGUUCCAACGACCCAAGAUGUCCAAAACCAACAUUGCCACCGACCACUCCAGCACCAGUUUGCUACCCAGGGUCUACUGAUUCAAGAUGUCCAAAACCAUCACCUCCUCCAACUUACUACCCUUCAUCAUCUACACCAGCACCACCACCAGUAUGCUAUCCAGGAUCCAACGACCCAAGAUGUCCAAAACCAACAUUCCCACCAACCACUCCAGCACCAGUUUGCUACCCAGGGUCCACUGAUCCAAGAUGUCCAAAACCAACAUUGCCACCAACCACUCCAGCACCAGUUUGCUACCCAGGGUCCACUGAUCCAAGAUGUCCAAAACCAUCACCUCCUCCAACUUACUACCCUUCAUCAUCUACACCACCACCACCAGUAUGCUACCCAGGUUCCAACGACCCAAGAUGUCCAAAACCAACAUUGCCACCAACCACUCCAGCACCAGUUUGCUACCCAGGGUCCACUGAUUCAAGAUGUCCAAAACCAUCACCUCCUUCAACUUACUACCCUUCACCAUCUACACCAGCACCACCAGUAUGUUACCCAGGAUCAACUGAUCCAAGAUGUCCACAAAUUACACCUAUUCAAACACCUUUUGUUUGUGUAUGUAAUAAUUCAACUCCUAAACCUAUCCCACCACCAAUAUGUUAUCCCGGUUCCACCGAUCCUCGCUGUCCACAAUUUCCUUCUUCAACUCAAUACCCACCUACGUACUUACCUCCUUUAGAAUCAAUAAACGUACAAGGAAAUAAUAAAUUCAUACAGGAAGUUACUACACAGUAUCCAUCAUACAUAUCUACAGACGAUAGUUUUGGUGGUCAGCAGCAAUUGGAUCUGUUUAAUAAAGCUUUAAAUGGUUUUAAUGUACAGAGGAGAGAUGUAGAGUCUGGUAUUCGACAUUUAAAAUCAGAGUUGAAAAAUGAAAUUGGUAACGAAAAUUUGGAUGCAUUAGACAGUUUAGGAGAUGAUGUGUUACGUGAACUACAAAAUGAACAGGAAUCUCAAAAGAAACGUUAAACUUAAUUGUUAAUUUAAAAUUAUUGCUUUAUAAUGACAUUUUGAUUUUUAAAUUAGCCUAUUCAAAUGUAUGACUUAUUUAAAUUGCUCAAGUGUUUUUGUAUUAAAUAUUGUUACCGACCAUCGUUACCAGUUACCACUAUAUAAUAAUGUUCAAUGUGUUAACUUCAUAUACUUUGUAUACAUGUUUUUUAUGUUUUUUUAUUAAAUGUAUUUUGAUAUUUAAUAUCGAUAAUUUAUUUAUUUUUGUUUUACCUAUUAAUAAAGUAUUGUAGUUGUUUCAUUAA